AUGGAAGAAGUGAGAGUGUUGAUAGUUGGUGCUGGUCCUUCUGGCUUGGCUACCUCAGCUUACCUAAAUCACCUCUCAAUUCCAAACAUUGUUUUAGAGAAAGAAGAUUGCUAUGCUUCUCUUUGGAAGAAAAGAGCUUAUGAUCGUUUAUGCCUUCACUUAGCCAAAGAUUUUUGUUCUCUUCCCUUGAUGUCCCACUCCUCCUCCACCCCAACGUUCAUGUCCCGAGCUACGUUUCUCAAGUACCUCGACGAGUACGUUACCAAGUUCAACAUCAGGCCUCGGUAUUGCAGGAACGUGGAGAGGGCAUGGUUGGAGGAUGAAGAAGAAGACGGGGAGAAGAAGUGGAGGGUGGAGGCGAGGAACAUUGAGACGGGGGAGAUGGAGGCUUACAAAGCAGAGUUCCUGGUGGUUGCAAGCGGAGAGAACAGCGUCGGAUACGUGCCGGAGGUGACAGGGUUGGACACGUUCGAGGGAGAGAUAGUUCAUUCUAGUAACUAUAAGAGUGGAAGAGGAUUUGAAGGGAAAGAUGUUUUGGUGGUUGGAUGUGGGAAUUCUGGCAUGGAAAUUGCUCUUGACCUCUCUAAUUAUGGAGCUCAGCCUUCAAUUGUUAUUAGAAACCCUUUGCAUGUGCUGAAGAGAGAGAUGGUGUACGUGGGAAUGUUGUUGAUGAAGUAUUUGCCAGUUAGUGUUGUGGAUGCAAUUCUUGUAGGCCUCGCUAAGCUCAAAUUUGGCGACAUGUCGGCUUAUGGGAUAUGUCGUCCCAAGUUGGGUCCUAUGCAGCUCAAAUUCGCCACCGGCAAGACCCCCGUCAUCGACGUCGGAACUAUUUCCAAGAUACAAGAUGGUCAAAUUAAGGUUGUUCCACAAAUAUCCAACAUUGAUGGAGAAACCAUUGAGUUUGAAAAUGGAGUGAGGAGGAAGUUUGAUGCCAUUGUCUUUGCCACUGGCUACAAAAGCUCUGCUAACAACUGGCUGAAGGAUUAUGAAUUGGUGUUAAAUGAAAAGGGAAUGCCAAGAAGUGGAAUUCCAAAGCAUUGGAAGGGAAAGAAGAAUGUGUAUUGUGUUGGAUUGUCAAGGCAAGGGCUGGCUGGAGUUUCUUUUGAUGCAAAGGCUGUAGCACAAGACAUUAGCAACAAUAUCUCUAACAAAUUUAAAUAA